UAAUCAAUUUUUUUUUCGAAGUUGGUAAACUUUGCUAUUUAUUUGCAUUUCUUGAUAUUUUUUCCUUCAUAAGGCAGAAUAAUCUCUUCCAAAAUGAACGAUGUAUAAUAAUGCCAGGAAAAAAGAAUACCCGAGGCUGAAAUUGAUAACAUGAAUUUUUCUUUCGCCGCACAGUCAGGCCAUUCCGCAACGCCCCCUGGGGAGCCCCAGACGGAUGUCGCAGUGGAAAGAGAAACUUAUUAAUCUUUUGGUGUGCAGUGUAGGGGAGCGUGAGCACCUGCCAGGCCGCUCACAGUGAUAGAGCCCUCAAGAAGACUAAGAAGCUGUGUUGCCGAGGACCACGUCUGGCUCCAGCAGCUCAGAUGAGGAGGCGUCACGGUUCAGGGAGGCGUGUGACCCCACUCUGUGGAGGACGGCCGCGCAGGGAGCCGCCAAGAAUGAAAUCUGCAGAGCGGAGGCAUCUGAUGAGAAGCCCCAGCCAAGGCGACCAGAGGCAGGCCUUCAUGCUGCUGGAGAAGAUGCGCACAACCCUUGCCGGGGCGCAGGGCAAGGCAGGGUGUGUGGGGCUGAGGCACAAGAAUGGCAAUGGCCCCAGCAUACAGGGCAGGCCAUCGUCAAGCAGGGCAGAGGCCAGCACAGCGAGGGUGGCCACGGCUGCCCCAUCCACACUCUCCCUUCCUGGCCAAGCAGCUCACCUCAAGACUGGACGGUGACCAAGUGGUGUGUUGGUGCCUACCUCUGGCUGGCCGGCUGUUAUGAUAGAAUUAUGAAGAGCAAGCAGACAGCGCUGAAAGAACGGGGACUUCUUCUUCUUCCACAAAAAACUGCCGAUGAGAGAGUGAAGCGAUGAAUAACAGGGCACUGAAUAAUAGGUAGCCACGCCCUGUAGAUUUUGUGUGACAUUUAUAAGAAGAACAUAAGAGCAUAAGAACAUAGGGAGACUGCAAGAGGCUGAAUGGCCUACACAGGGCAGCUCCAGAUUCCCCCCCACUGCCACCUGUCAUCCUCGUCCAUGUAGCUAUCAAGUCUACUCAUAAAACAAGCUGUCAUCCCUGCACUCACUAGUAUGUGAUUGCUAAGUC